UUCGGAACAUUCUGGGUCGCAUUCGGUUUCCUUCGCCCUUCCAUUCUGCAAUUUCCAUUGUUCAUCUUCCAAUUUCUUGUUUGCUAAGUUUUGUUCUUCUUCUGGUGGUGACAUUUCUUAAAGAAGAAGUGAAAUCUCUCCACUUCCAAAGCUUCUUUGAAUCAAUUUGAUUUCUGUUUCUACAAUGUCUUCUCCUGCCGAAUUUUACAACUCUCUCCCACCGAUAAGUAAGGCGUAUGGAACUCUGUGCCUUUUAGCAACUACGGCCUUUCAACUUGGCUUGUACAAUCCGGGGCUUAUUGCGUUGGAUUACGGACUUGUAUUCAAGCAUUUCCAGGUAUGGAGGCUAUUCACCAACUUCUUCUUCCUAGGAAAAUUCUCUAUCAAUUUUGGAAUUCGUUUAUUAAUGAUAGCAAGAUAUGGGGUUCAACUUGAGAAUGGACCAUUUCAGAGGCGGACAGCAGAUUUUCUGUGGAUGAUGAUAUUUGGAGCCUUGACAUUAUUGGUACUUUCUGCCAUCCCAAUCUUCUCGUUUCCGGUCCUAGGGAUAUCACUUGUGUUUAUGCUUCUCUACGUCUGGAGUAGAGAAUUUCCUAAUGCACAGAUCAAUAUAUAUGGCCUUGUGACUCUUAAGGCAUUUUAUCUGCCAUGGGCCAUGCUAGCACUGGAUGUCAUUUUUGGUUCACCUCUUGUCCCUGAUUUACUUGGAAUCCUAGCAGGGCAUUUGUACUACUUUUUGACCGUGUUGCAUCCACUGGCAGGCGGAAAGAACAUAUUGAGAACUCCAUUUUGGAUACAGAGGUUGGUCUCAAGAUGGAGGAUAGGAGCUCCACCAAUUCAACGUGCGGCGGUGCCUGAUGAUAGGGGUACGACUGGAGCUUUCAGAGGGAGGUCGUAUCGGCUUAAUGGCUAAACUACUUUCCUGUAUAAGAAAACGAAAAUGGCCAUCCUCUUUUACACUGAAGUUUUUCAGAUUGUGCCUGCUAACAUGAAGAGGUAAAGAUUGGGUUGAAGAAUUAGAUUAGGUUCGAAAAAGUUGGUCUCAAGCGAAUAUUUGUUUCGUGCAUUGUGAUCAGUAACCUGCUUAUGUUUCUUGUUGAAGGAAUUUGGAUUCGGAAAUUUUGUUCUGCAGGAGAUAGAAAUCGCGAUAAUCUUGACUCUCGAUUUUCGCUUUGAGAGACUUCUUCUGAACUCUGCUUUCGAAUAAAAUCCCAUCUGUUCCCAAUCUUUAUGAUCAGAAAUACCAGAGAUUGUUAUCCCCCUCCUUUUUUUGUUGAUAUUUUGAAAUUUAGAAUGUAGUUUUAUGAUAUAGAGUACAAUGUGGAUUAAUGAUGGGAUAUAUGUUUGGUUUUUAUA